CUCUUAGAAAUAGUAAAAGAUAUCUUCUUUUACUUUUAAUUGUUCAAGUCAGGAGAAGAGAGUGUGGUUUCGUCUAAAAAGUACACGCAAUUGCCAGUGGCCAUGAGGGGAUCGGUUCUCUAAUACAAACCAAUCACCAGCCGAUCGCCCAACUUGUGCCCUUGAAAACAAACGCGUUUGUUUUUUAGGCCGCGAGUCGGGCGAUCGGUUUGUGCCACAAUGGUCGCUUUGAAUCCCCAAUUUGGCCUAACAAACUGAACCGAACCGAACCGAUCAUGCCAAUAGGCACUAGGUAUAACGCAAAGAUCGGGUUACCAGAAUAAGUAUAGAUAAUAAUGUAGAUUAUACCAUCUAUCUUUCUGUCACUGUUCCCAAAGUGUGUGACCCAGCCAUGGCCGCGAAGAAAACCAUUUUCAACAUCUGCGGCAACGCAAUGCGCCAAUGGUCUUGCUUGGGUCGUUGUGGUGUGUCCGAGAAUCUGCCGUGUAGCUGUGCCUCCACAUGUUUGCUCACCCGGACGUGCUGUAUGGAUUUCGCUGACCUUUGCUACUCGGAGCAGCAGAAGGCGAAACAGCAGCUGAAACAGUUCCCGGGCAUUGAAGCCACAUGCGAUAAGACCACAACAGCCUUCCUGGUGUCAAACUGCCCGGCCGAGGCGAGCGACGAGGAGAGACGACUGUGCGAAGAGACUGGGGAUUUCUUUGAGACCUUCAAGAUCGAUUCUCUCCCCGUGCAAGAUUUGCGGACGCAGUUUCACUUCAGAAAUGAGCACUGUUGGAGGUGUUGGAACGACUUUGGCUCUUUUGAGAUUUGGCAGAUGAAAAUCCCGAUGUCAUCUACCAGAAAGGCAGACUACGACGGCACGAGCAACAGUAUGCUCAGUUUCAUGAGGGACAACCGUCAGGAGGUCAUGUUCUCGCCUCAGCUGCCAAAUACCAUGCCUGUUUGCCUGGAGGACCACGCCGACCUUACAAUGAUAGCCAGUUGCCCUAGCUGUGCUAGUUCCGAGAUGACAAGGGAGUGUGUCGAGGGAAUAUACGCUCCAGUCAAGGAUGUGAACGAUUUACGGUUCUACAAGAAUCAUUUCUGCCUUCUCUGCAACAAUCUCAAGCCAGAAGCAGACAUUGACAAGCCUAUUUGUUCUGAUUAUUAUGCUGUAGAACUGACACAAAGGCAGGCUGGUUCUUUUUUUGUUUUCGUGAAGGCCACAUCCGACCAAAAGUUCGAGUUUACCCAAACCGUGAACAGAGUGGGAACUUACGUCUGGAACAAGGUCGCCUGCUCUGCUACUUCCGGUUCCUGUGAAACUGUCGAGUGCUCCGACCGUUCUAUCAAAGAAAAU